CCAUUUUACUCUUCCUUUGCUCUCUCUCAACUUCUUCAUUUGACUCUCGUGCCGAGGGAAGACAAGAAGUUGUUGUUUGGGAUCUUGGAGUGUGGCAGCCUCCCAAUUGUGGCAACUUGUAUUGGUAGCGAGGCUGUAAGGACACAACUUAGCUGUUGAUCAUUGGUGAUGCGACCACUCGAUUGGUAAACCAUCAGUCCGAAUCAUGUUGGAAAGAACUUGGUAGUGUUUGAUCGACGACUCUAACGCGAAGAUCAACCAUUUCGCUGCUACUGUUUUGGUCUCCCACACUCGGUCUUUCGUGUCCGAAGGGAUCGGAAGCUACCAUCAAAGUGUCGGAGCCAUCCUACCCUUCAGUUUCUUCCCCACCAACCGAGAUUAUUGGUCGCAGUUCAUCGACAUCGGUGAUUGCCACUCACACCAGUGCUUCCAUUUCGUCUGAACCCUCAUCCCCAUCGCCGAGCUCGAAAACUGCCGCGAUGACCAUGGAUGUCCUGCUGGAGUCCGUGAUGGCGACGGACUCGCCAUCACUGGACUCCUUCGCCACUGCCAAGGAAAGAUGUUCCAACAUUAACACUCCCAGUCCCAUCGAGGAUCAAACCGAGAUGCUGGACCGCAUGAAAACCCCGCCAACUAGCUCAAUGCCAAUGUCUCCCGGUGCCAGGACUUCAAAGGAUGGUGAAGCCCCAAUACACUCUGAUACCCAGCUGCUAACUUCUUCCACUUCAGGAUCUAAUAUUGAAGCCCAAACAGUGUUCCCAUCUGAAGUGAAACGAGAAGUUGGCGACGGCCAUUUGGAGAGUGAACACUGUGACGUUAUGUCAUAUCAAACCAAUGAAUCCGACACGGGAUUGCAGUAUAAGGGUACCUUCACAAGAUUCCUGGAUGAUACUCAAGGAUCUGGAGGCCUGGUGCCUCAAGGCUCGGGGACAUCAUGGCUCUUCGGCCAUAUUGGUUCCGUCUUUCACAAUACCGGUCCCGACGGUGGGAUGUUGGGACCGCAAAAUACCUCGGACACUUCCUCGUUCUCUCAAAACACGCCCUCGUUCAUGGACGAUGGCCGACAAUCACAAUCCCUACUUCAAUUCUCUCAGGCCACAGAUAGCUUUGAGUCUGUGAGUCAGCAUCAGAAGCUGAACUUUCCCGCAUCCACGGCAUGCUCACUGAAUUCGCCAAGUCUGGUGGCCAUGAGCGAUGCCGAAGCUCAUGGAUUAUUCCCACCCUUACUAGGCCCCAAUGAACCAAAUAUCCCCUCACAUAACCAACUCCAGUCUUUGCACAAUCAACAACAACACCAGCAGCAACAACAACAACAGCAACACCAGACGCAUUCGCACGCUCACCUUACCAAGAUGGAUUACUCCAACCAUGGGCCAGGAUCGUUCUCGUCUCAAGGGUACGUUCUUGGUCCACCCCCUCCCAAUACCACUGCUCAGUUCACUCAAGCCUCCAACCAGACCCACGUGUCUCAUAUUGUGACCCCCAAAGAGGAGAUGGGCGUAAGUGGGCAGCCCAUGAGGACGAUGAGCUCCAGUCUGACCACUAGUCCCAGUCCACAACUCUCAAUCUCUUCGACUGCCUUUGGCACGCCAUCGAGCACUUCGAAUGCCGAGUCAAGUGCAACUCUGGCUGAAUACAACCCUAGCACGAGUAAGGGACACGAAAUUCUGUCCCAAGUGUAUCAGCAGAGCCAACAACCAAUAAGACUGGUGCCGGUGAGGUCACGCAAGUAUCCCAAUCGUCCAAGUAAAACACCGGUUCAUGAACGCCCAUACGCUUGCCCGGUGUCGGAUUGCGACCGAAGAUUCUCCAGAAGCGACGAACUCACCCGACACAUUCGGAUACAUACGGGACAGAAGCCCUUUCAGUGCAGAAUCUGCAUGAGAACUUUUAGUCGAAGUGAUCAUUUGACCACUCACAUACGGACUCAUACUGGAGAGAAGCCUUUUACUUGUGACGUUUGUGGGCGGAAGUUCGCCCGCUCUGACGAGAAGAAACGCCACGCCAAAGUACACACCAAAACACGCGGGAAACGAGGAGGAGGAGCCUCAUCCGGAGGAGGCUCAGGAGGCGGGUCCGGAAGCGGGUCUGGAGGAGGACGAGGUGGAAACGGAAAUGGUGGGGCAGGGGGAGGCUCAAGUGGAGCGGGCGUAUGCGUCAGUGGAGAUCCCACAUCAGGGAGUCAAGGAAUGGUUGGCUACAGACAAAGCAUUACUCACUCAUAAAAUUAAUAAUAUAUUUUGUUAAUUGUUUCCAAAGUUUCAGUGUGAUACUAAAUAACAUAAUAAACAUGU